AUGGAUAUCAGCAGGAACAAGAUCGGAAAUAUAACCACCGGAACUACCAGUGGCGGAACUUUCGUUUCUAGAUUUCUUAAGGAAAUCACAUCAAAAAAAGGAAGCCGAGAAGAAGAAUUAGAAUUACAACAAAGUGAUUCGAACGCAUCAGAUUAUGAAAUUUUUGAAGUAAAUAAAUACGAAUGGAAAAAUGUGGAUGGAAAGAAACGGUCAGCCGAUGAAGCCUCUCCCCUCAUCCCUCCCACCAAUCUUCGAGAUCGUACUCCCCCUCCCCAUCAGGCACAAGUUCAGCUUAAUAGCGAGAAUGACGAUGACUUACAUGAUCAAGAUGAGAACGAGAAUGCAUCAACCGAGGUUCAAGAACUCAUGCAAAGAUGGAAGAUGUAG